AUGCGUAGAUUCUAUGAGGCUCUGAAAGCAAUGUACGGAUUCACAGAUGCGCCCAAAGCUUCUACAGUAGAAGUUCUCUACCAACCUGUAUUUGGGAAGUCAUCUACCGCUACUACCUACGAUUCGUCAGACGUUUCCACAGUACUGUCUCCGUACAGUCCUAAACAUCUAACUAUUGUCCUCGAACAGAUAAGGGUGACCAAUAUUGAGGCCAUACUACUGACAAUGCAGUUGGUUGGAUCCUCGGCUGGAUACAUUUCCAGGAUGGAGGAUCACCAUCUUAAGAUUGUGCUGUAUGGUAUUCAUUAUCAUUUUCCUCAAGAGAAGAGCUCCAAAGAGAAAAAUCAUUGA